CUUUUCCUUUAUCAACCCAGUCUCCAUCAAUCCAUCAUCAUCUGCAUCACUAGAGUAGUACAUCUCCCUUCCCUUUCCUUCCAAUCCAUACCCACCAAGUCACCCUUCUCCUUCGUCAUUCCGCGUCCAUGAGCACGCCAUGCAUUAAUACUACAUACGCUAACUAAUCCAUCAUCUUCCCCAGCUGCGAAGGAGAAGGAAGGGAUUUUGCAUUUUUGUCUACAGUACAACUUCUGGACCUCGCGCUCUCGACUUCGCGACGCUGGGUAGCGACAGGCGGAUGUACAGAUCCCUCCCUUGCUAUAGGUGACCGCGAGCUUAUGUCAUCAGUUCCUUCUCGAAAUCCGAAUCCUUGAUUCCGAUUGUAAAAAAGGGCCAUAUGUACAACAAACUGGUGGUCUACACUUCUCCAACCAACAAGAAAAACAAGAUGAAACCAGCAAACCAACACCCACCAACAUCAUCGCCAUCACCAGACUACAAAAACCAAGAACUAGAGAAAAAAGAACAACAAGAACAACAGCUACAACUGAUCAACAACCAUCGUCGCUCUCAAUCACUACAUUCCACCACCCAGAUCACUUCUCACUCAUCCAACUCUCAACAUAACCUACCAACACUCCAGACUAAUCAUCUCAAUCAUCACCAAAACUCAACAUCCUCAUCCUCUCUAACAUCCUCAUCCUCCUCUUCAUCCUCCUCAACCCCACCAAGACAUCAUCAUCAUCAAUACAACAACUCAUUUCACCAUCAUCCUGCCUCACCUAUCAAGCACAUCCAUCAUCAACAACAGCACCCAGAAUCUCUCUCAGAACAUCACCAUCAAUCCUCAUCUGACCAUCUCCUCAACCACCACCAUUCUCCAAGAAGAUCCGAUCAACCAACUCACUCCUUACUCUCAAAUUCUAUCCUCGUCAUCUCCCUCACCAUCACCUCAUCCUUCUCCUCAAUCCUCCUCUCAAUCUCAACCACCCAACUCACCCAUCUCUCCCUAGCCACCUUCCCCAUACUCGAAUUCCUAUCGCUUUCGAUCAUCACCAGAUUACCGAUCCUCAAUCGAAUUCAAUCCACCUAUAAUCCUCAUCAGCCUAAUCCAUCACAUCACCCCCACCAUCGAUCCCGAUGCCCAACACCACCACCACCACCAAAGAAUUCAAAUCUAACCAAUUCUCAUCAUCGAUCCUAUCAAUCAGUACCCAGAUUUACUGGCUGGAGAUUACUGCUCAGAUUCACCCUACCAGCCGCACUGCUCAGCUUACUGGCCUCAUGGUCCAAAACCGAAAUUGCUGGAAGAGUCGGCUGUGGCACUUGGCAGGCAUUUGAUAUUUAUGCACUUCCUAUCGCAGUCGUCGCGCUCUCCCGAUUACCAUCGAUCAAGCAACCUAGACGUGAACUUGUUGCCACAGUCUCAAUCAUCACAUUUGCCAUCUCACUCAUGUUUUUUGCCGAGCCAAUAUAUCCGUUCCUGAUCAUACUCGGCAUCCUCUCUGCGGCCUCACAGGCCCUCUACCUGACCCACCUCAAGACCUGGUUACUCUCCUUUCCCCAGCUCAACCCGUGCCAUGCUCUCGCCCAUUCAUCCCCCUUUGCGCUCCUCCUGAUCUUUGUUCCCGCCUUUGCCAAUGCAAUCUAUCAGUCUAUGACUCGCUUUGGGCACCUCGAUCUCACCCCUCGAUUCACUUUCCAUGCAACUAUCUGGCUGAUCAUGUAUCUCCUUGCACGCGUCACCGAACGGCUGUUGGAACUCUGGAUAGUCUACCGAUUUCAAUCUCCACUCUCGGUUAUCCUCGUCGUCCCACUGCGCAACUUGCUCUCCGUCGGAAUAGCAGAAGUCUCGCAGUUUUACCUUGGUCGACUAGGUUCAGCCCAAUCGAUCGCAUGUUACUCCUUUUCCCUCUUGGGCCUCUAUCAUGCCGAACGUGAUGUUUCUCAAGCCUUGAGACAAUUCUGCAAAUUCAUCUUCAAUCGAUGUUCGCAUCCAAAACUUCCUGGGUCAAGUAGGCGGAGAUCUUCAAUUUACACAGAUCCAGAUGCGGAAACCAUUCAAGAGAAAUCGCCCGAUGAGCUCUUACACAGCCGAGAAGUCGAUCAUGGACGAUUGAGUUCUAUUGAGCGUGAUCGACCAAGAGAUGAAGAAGAUUAUAGACGACAAGCCCCCACAUCGCGUUUUCGCAAGCCAUCAUUCUCGGAGCGAUAUCGAUCCGAGCGCAAGUUGAAGACUCAUUGGCAGACAUUAUUCCGGAGCAUCGCCUUUGGGCCACUCAUAGUCCUUCUCUUAAUCAAACUGAUAUGGCAACCACCGAUUGGAGUUCCGAUGACCGAGAUGCCGCUCGCAACAGCUCGACCAGCAGGCUCAGUCGACCUAGUGUUUUCAUACUACAACGAGCCCCUGAGUCGGUUCUUCGAAGCAGUUGAUCAUGUCCGUAGAUUAUCCGUCUUAUCAUUACAAAACCCUCGAGUGAUCGUCUAUGUCAAACAUCCUGAAGUCUCACUGGUCAAUAUCGCCAAUGUGAUCAAUGCGGAUGAGGUGAUUCGAUUGGACAAUGUAGGAAGGGAAGGAGGGACAUACUUGACACAUAUCCUUAAACAUUACAAUUCGACGAUCCUAACUGAUCAACAAGGAAGGGUAAUCCGAAGUGGGAAGAGUGACCCAAAUAUCCUUGAACAAGCCGAAUUCGGAGUCGAAAGAGUCCUCAGCUCGCCGGCUAUUCAUGGACUAGCUGAUCAUACAGUCUUCAUGCAACCCGAAAUUUCUUGGCAUUGGAUUGCCAAACCUCGGAUGGAUCUCUUCGAUCCUAAAUCUACUGGGUUCCUCUCUUUCGGUCCUUAUCUUGUUUCCGUGUGUGGUCAGGAUGGUCUGGGGAAUGGGAAUUAUGAACGGAUGAGAGAUAUUUACACCAUGUUUUAUAAUUCUUUUUGUCCACCAACCGGCCAAUUAGCCUCAUAUGCGGGCCAAUUUGUGGUAUCAAAGGCUCGAAUAUUAUCGAACAGAUACGAACAAUAUCUGAACAUGAGGAGAUUAUUGGAGGCACCAAAAGAGCAUUGGAUUCAUCAAGAGGGAGGAUGGUUAAAAUGGAAAGGUGCAACGGAUACUGCGGCUACCAAUCCUACUGGUCCUCAAGCCCCUUUCCUGGGACAUGCCCUCGAACGCUCUUGGCCGGUUAUCUUUCGUUGUUUCGAUCCUUCCAUUGCUGAGUCUUGUCCUGAUGAUCUUAAUGAUAAACGUCUCUGUCAAUGCUUUGAUUAGUCAAUCUACUCCUUCCUUCCUUCCUUCCUCCUUUCUCUCUAUUCCUUUUCUCUCUUUGGUUUCUCAGUUGUUUUGUACUUCAAUAAAUAAUUUGUUAUUUUAUUUGCUUUGGGUACCUUUCCUUAUCUUUCCUUAUUCAGUGACUCUCUCUCUUUCUCUCUCUCUCUCUCUCUCUCUCUC